AUGGGAGGGCCUUGUUACGAGCUGCUGCGUUUCUCUGACCGUCUUCAGGAGUGCGACUUCUGUGGGCUCAGGAGCGCCUUCCGUUUAGGAGGUAGAUGCUUCCUUGAAGACAUUUUUUUACCGGCUCCAACCCAGCUGUCUCAGGACCAGCUAGAACUAGAAGAAAGGGCGAGAGCGCAAAGAUCGAGGCAAACUGCUCUAGUGUCAUCACGAAGAGAACCUCCCCCGUAUGGUUACCGGAAAGGAUGGAUACCACGGAUGCUGGAGGAUUUUGGAGAUGGGGGUGCUUUCCCAGAAAUUCAUGUGGCCCAAUAUCCAUUGGAUAUGGGCCGAAAGAAGAAAAUGUCCAAUGCUCUGGCAGUUCAAGUCGAUGCAGAAGGGAAGAUAAAAUACGAUGCAAUAGCUCGACAGGGACAAUCAAAGGACAAGGUUAUUUACAGCAAAUACACGGAUCUUGUGCCAAAAGAGGUUAUGAAUGUGGAUGAUCCUGAACUGCAAAGACCUGAUGAAGAAGCAAUUAGAGAGAUAACAGAGAAGACAAGAGCAGCCUUGGAAAAGUCAGUAUCUCAAAAAGUUGCAGCAGCCAUGCCAGUUAGAGCAGCUGACAAACUAGCUCCUGCACAGUACAUUCGGUACACACCAUCUCAGCAAGGCGUGGCUUUUAACUCUGGAGCAAAACAGAGAGUUAUUCGGAUGGUAGAAAUGCAGAAGGACCCCAUGGAGCCUCCAAGAUUCAAAAUUAACAAGAAAAUUCCACGUGGACCACCUUCUCCUCCAGCUCCAGUAAUGCACUCUCCCAGUAGAAAGAUGACCGUGAAAGAGCAGCAAGAGUGGAAAAUUCCCCCGUGCAUUUCAAACUGGAAAAAUGCAAAGGGUUAUACCAUUCCAUUAGACAAGCGCCUGGCUGCAGAUGGCAGAGGACUGCAGACAGUUCACAUUAAUGAAAACUUUGCCAAGCUAGCUGAAGCUCUCUAUAUUGCUGACAGAAAGGCUCGUGAGGCUGUAGAGAUGCGUGCCCAGGUGGAGAGGAAGAUGGCUCAGAAAGAAAAGGAGAAACAUGAAGAGAAGCUCCGAGAAAUGGCCCAGAAAGCCAGAGAGAGGAGAGCAGGGAUCAAAACCCAUGUUGAAAAAGAGGAUGGAGAAGCUAGAGAGAGAGAUGAAAUCAGACAUGACCGGCGCAAAGAGAGACAGCAUGACAGGAAUCUCUCCAGGGCAGCCCCUGACAAAAGGUCAAAGUUGCAGAGAAAUGAGAACAGAGAUAUCAGUGAAGUUAUUGCCCUAGGGGUACCCAACCCCAGGCCAUCCAACGAAGUCCAAUAUGAUCAGAGGCUGUUCAACCAGAGCAAGGGUAUGGACAGUGGCUUUGCUGGAGGAGAGGAUGAAAUUUAUAAUGUUUAUGACCAGCCUUGGAGAAGUGGGAAAGAUAUGGCCCAGAACAUCUACAGACCAAGCAAAAACGUGGAUAAGGACAUGUAUGGUGAUGAUUUAGAGGCACGAAUAAAGACUAAUAGAUUUGUACCUGACAAAGAGUUUUCUAACUCGGAUCGUAACACCAGAGGAAGGGGUAGAGAUGGACCAGUUCAGUUUGAGGAGGAUCCAUUUGGUCUGGACAAGUUUCUGGAAGAAGCUAAGCAACACGGUGGUUCCAAACGGCCAUCUGAUAGCAGCCGCCCUAAAGAACAUGAGCAUGAGGGCAAAAAGAGGAGGAAGGACUAAGUGCCUCCUCUUCUUGAGGAGCAAGGAAAUGGACUACAAACUUGGACUUCAUGCAAAAGGCAUUUUUACUAUCACAGUUGUGUGCAGGGGGGGUGGCAGUGUAAACAAGCAGUCCACAACUUUGUGCUGUGUGGAUAUAUUAU